GGAAUUCAUAAUAAUUACCCAUCUCUAAUACCUCUUACCUCGCGGUCCGCGUUUUGUUUAUUUACUAUUUCUAAGAUAAUAUGAAUAUUUUAACAAAAGUAAACUUCAACUGCAGAGUGAGCUCGGUUUUAAACAAAGAAGUGAAGCAAUAUGGAAAGCAGUUUAUGUUUGAUGCGAAAGAAGAGACCUCUUGGACUUCCGAUGAAGGAACCCCCCAAUGGAUUACCGUCAGUUUCGAUGAGCCACAAACCAUAUCUGGAUUUAGUUUUCAGUUUCAAGGCGGAUUCGCUGGCCUGAAAUCGGAAAUGAUAAUGUACUCCGCUGAUGGAGCCCAAAUACAUCAAGAACCAUUCUAUCCAGAAGAUAUAAACUCUCCCCAGCUGUUUCAGGUUAAAGAUACAGUCCGGGAAAAAGCUUGUUCAAAGAUAAAGUUUAUCUUCGAGUCCAGUACAGAUUUGUUUGGUCGAAUCAUUGUUUACAAUCUGCAACUGUUAAGCUAGUCUAAGUAUUUAUGUAACUAGAUUUCUACAAAACUCUAUUCUUAUCAAAGUGUAUAAAAGUGGA